AUGAGCAACGCGCCUACGGCGGGGGGCGCCAUGUCCAACAUGUUCAGUCCUCGCAGUACGAAUGGGAACAACCGGUAUCACCUGGCCAGCGGUGGAGCUCGUACGCCGCGUGUGUUUCCGCCAGAUGUGCAGAGUAUCCCGCUGAGUCCGUCGCGGCUCGAGAGCCCGAUGUUUCGAGAGCGGGUGACGGCGCUGAUGCAGCAAGGCGACACGUACGCGAAGCGGCUGGACAGCGAGCGUCGUCGGUCCCAUGACCUGGAUCUAGCGCUGCGCACCCUGCGAGUCGAGCACUUCCAAGCGCGCAAGGCGCUGUGUGACGCCACGAACGCCCAGCUCUGCGCUGCUACGACAGAGCUGAAGCCGAUUCGGACGCUCGAGAACCGCCUGGACAAAGUGCUCACGCGCUACAACGAGGUCUGCAACGCGAACAAGGCGCUGCGCGAGCAGAUCCAGGCCUUGCGCCGUGAAAAGGUGCAGCAGGCUGCAGUGCUCGACAAGCUCGAGCGGGAGACUGCGCAGGCCCAGGCGGAGGCUGCUCAAGUCGCGCAGGCGUCGCAGGCAGCAGGUGACGCUCGAGAUCGAGCCAACCGACAGAGUGAGGCGCUGCGCAACCAGGUCGCGGAGGACGGCAACGAGUUCGAGUCCGGGUGGUUUGAGAAGACUGGACAACUCGCGGAGGACCGGGCAAUGAUCCGUGAUAUUCCACGACUGCGUACGCCGAAGAGUCCUUCGCGACCGCACUUCAUCAACAACGCAACACCAGGAAGCAUCAGCUCCCCACUGCCCAGCAACACGUCCGGUCGGUCUCUGCCUGGUGGCUUCAAGUUGCUGUCGACGCCCGACAUCAAGCUGCGCGACGAGACGCAGAAGAAUGAGCGGCUGCUCCACGAGAAAGCCAACGACUUGCAGAAGCAGAGCGAGCGGCUGCGGAUAGCUCAAGACGGUCUGGCCAAGAUCAAGCGCAAGACUGGGGAGAGAGACUCCCACGCUCUCGCUGCUGCGCUGGUCGCUGCGGAGGAGAAGAACUUCUCUCUCUUCAACAUGAUCAACGAGCUGAGCACUGAGAUGGAAGCGCUGGAGGUGGAGAACAACGCACUCGAGGCCCAGGUGAACGAGCAGACUCGCGAUGGGUCGAUGGGGUCGGCCGAGGAUGCACGACGACGCGCGCUCAAGCAGCAGCUAGAGGACCAGAUCGAGAAGUCCCGACAGAAGGUGGCUCGGCUCGAGGCUCGUCACAGUGAGGCCGCAGAAGCUGCCGAGGUGAUGAAGGCUGGCGCAAUGGGGCUCUUCCACAAGCUCCAGGGCCCCAACGACGAAGCGUUCGCGGCUCAACUGUCUGCGCACGGCGUGACGGACGUCACUAUGGCCCAGCUUCUGGGACUCAUCGAGCAGCGCGUAGGUGAGCUCGUGGACAUCCACAACAUCGCCACGAAUGCGCCUGCAGCCGCGGCAUUGGGCUCCCAGCACCCGACCAUGAAGGUGGACGUGGGAGGUCACGACAGCGGCCACACGCGGCACUCGCGCAAUGGCGACCGUCCCAGAGGAGGCGCUGGCGCGUCCAACGCCACUGGUGCGCUGCUGCGACCUACGCCGCCCGCUGCUGACGACUUUGGCGACUCCGACAACGACGAACCACAGCAGGACGACGUGCUGAGACCGUGCAAGAUCUCGGACAUCCAGGAGAAGACUGCCGCUGCCGUAGGCCGACGAAAGGAGAAGCAGAUUCGGGCCAAGCGGUAG